CACUCCUCCCUCUCUCCCUCCUGGCUCGUUUGCUGUAACGGUGCAAGAUAAAAAUCAAAUGAACGUGGGCAAGGACCACCAUCGCUGCUGCCUCACAGUGAGCCCCUGUCACUCCCAGCCUGAUUGCCGGAGCUGCAUCCUGAGCAGAGCUGGUUGUGCAGCAGGAUAACGGCGAGGUGGCGGAGAGCUGCAAGGCUCAGUGGCAGCAAGAACAAGAGGAGGGAGGGGAGGAAAAAUAGGAGGAGGGGCCGGUUUGGUGAGCUAGCGGGCUUCCUCUGCCUCACAGAUACAUUUUAUUGACUUGCUAAUUGGAUGAGGCUCUCGGAGGAGAGGAUGCAGUGACCAAGAGGAGCUGCUCUCCAGAGGAGGGAUACAUGCAAGAAAAGAAAGCCCUGCUCGGGGUUCCUAAAUCAGGGUCCUAAAGCUCAUUUUUCCUUCUCCUGCAGACAUUACAACAGAUGUUUUCGAGCAUCUCUCAGUGACCCUUACACCGGGCUUAUAAUUUUAUGGAUGACAUUGUCGAACGGAGUCUCCUGUUGCCAGACGCUUCGUGACAAGUGAACCAUUUCCAUUUUUUUUUUCUGCUCCUUUUUCAUCUCUUUUUUUAUUAUCUCAGGCUCAUCUACUGGAGCUAUUUUUAUCAGCCUUCUUUAAUAUGAACGGUAAUCUGAUGGCUGGAUGAAUUCUUCAUCACAUCAAAGCUUCAUGGGGAUGUGAAUUAAUCUUGUCCAGGAAGAAAAAAAAUGAAGUCUUGCCAUGGCUGAGGUGUACAGGUGCUGUGAGGUCAGAGAGCAGGUGCCACCGUGCUCAGGUCUGCUAUCCCAAUGAGCCAAGCCGGCACCACGCAGAAACGCACCACCUACCUCAUCUCCCUCACUCUGGUGAAGGUUGAGGCCGUGCCAGGGGAUGCUGCAGGGAGCCAGACGGAGGGCCUUCCAGAGGGGGAAGGGAGCCCUAGUAAGAAGAAGAAGGAGGAGGAGGUAGAGGUGAAGGCAGAGGAGAACGAGAAGGAGGCUGUGAGAGAUGUCCAUGAAAAAGAAGAGUCUUUGUAUGUGGAAGUGGAGCAAAAAGAAAAGACACAGGUGGAGGAGGAAGUGGAACAGGUGCACGAAAAGCAUGGCAAUACAAAUGAAAGCAGGGAUAAGCCUGAGAGGAGGGAGGUGCACGCACCCCAGAGAGACAUUGUACCAGUUAGUAAGAGCAAAGAUGCAUCGUUUGCACAACCACCUGUCAGGCAAAUGGUCAAAGUGUACGGGGGAACUAUGUCUGAGGGAAGCGUGCGCAGGGAGGGACCUCGCUCGGAUGCCUUACGCCCCAAAACGGAGCUCUACAGGGAGCCUCCCAUGAUGUUCCUGAAGGGUGAAAAUGGAGCGGACUUGAAUAGCCGCUCACGUUGCAGCCUCCCAUUCACUAUCUCAUCGCAGAUCAGCCAGCCUCCUCCGGUUGUGAUGAGGUCUCAUUCAGGCAGUAACUCCUCAUACACCAGGGAGCUGAGGGAGACCAACACAAGCCUGUAUCACCCAGCCAAAACUCUGGAUCGAAGGGAUAAUCGCCCCGGGGAACAGUCUCCCUUAGUGGCAGCUACGACUCUGGGGCCUUACAGGGCAUCCUGGGCAGACAGCGAUGGCAGAGGGACGCUCAUCCGGCCCGGAGCACCCAUCAGCGGAGGGUUUUCGGGCGUAAUGGCCCGAGAGAGCCCUCAGGGGGAGAGAUAUAAGGCGGUUUCUGUCUCUUUACCUGCACCCCCUGCCCCCGACGUGUGCAGGCCACCUAGAAAAGGAACAAGUUGUACCCUUGACAACAGUGACCUGCACUCUUACUGUGAGGACCCGAGGAAGGUAAAAGAUGGCCAAGGAGGAACAAUCCAGCGGGCUCCCCCUCCUCGUGAUCGUAAGAUGCUAAAGUUCAUUAGUGGAAUUUUUACCAAAAGUACAACUGGUCCCCCAGGCGCCAACACUACACCUCCUCUCUAUUCAGCUGUGGAAAAGGGUUCGAGUGAGGAGGAAGUUGUGUGCACCAGCAGUCAAGAAUGGACCAUGAGUCAACCUGUUCAAGAGCUUCAUCUGGGUGUGUUGGGGGGACUGUGCAGUGGGAAGUCCGCCCUCGUCCAUAGACACUUAACAGGAAGUUAUCAGCCGGAGGAGAUCCCAGAGGGACGGCAGUUCAUCAAGGACGUGCUGGUAGACGGACAGAGCCACCUGCUGAUAAUCAGAGAAGAGACGGAGCUCCCAGGGGUUCAGUUUACCAGCUGGGUGGAUGCCAUCAUUUUGGUCUUCAGUUUGGAAAAUGAAGCCAGCUUUCAGGAAGUUUACCAAUUUUACCACCAGCUUUCACUGCAUCGGCCUAUCACUGAGAUACCUUUUGUAGUUGUUGGUACUCAGGAUAAGAUCAGCAGCACAAACCCCAGAGUAAUUGAUGACACCAAAGCCCGACAGUUGUGCUCAGAUGUGCGGCGCUGCACCUACUAUGAAACAUGUGCGACUUAUGGCCUCAAUGUGAACAGAGUCUUUAAUGAUGCUGCUCAGAAGAUCAUGGCGGCCAAGAAGCAAGCCGCUUUACUUGCUUCCUGUAAAUCUCUUCCCAAUUCUCCCAGUCACUCUGGAGGCUCCACUCCAGUGUCUGGUGUCUUUCCAGGACAGGCCAGUAAUGGAGGUCAGAGCAGUGAUUACUCCUCAUCGCUCCCCUCCACUCCUGUGAUCAGCCAUAAAGAGAUUUCCAGAACGUUGAGAGGGGAGAAAGGGGACAGCGGCGUGCCUGGGUCAGUCCGCAGCGUCCGCAAGAGGACUCCGAGAUUUGUGGGCCGGAGAGGCAGCGACUCAAACAGACGGAGCGCAGACUUUAAGGGCGACUUCGGCAGCGGACGAUUCAUCCCCAUCAAACAGGGUGUCUUGCUGAAGCGCAGUGGAAGCUCCCUUAACAAAGAGUGGAAAAAGAAAUAUGUCACUCUGUCCAAUGAUGGCAUCCUCUCCUACCACUCCAGUGUCAAUGAGUACAUGCUGAACGCUCCGGGGAAAGAGAUGGACCUGCUUCGAGUGACAGUCAAGGUGCCGGGAAAGCGACCCCCUCGCGCUGUGCCCGCAUGCGGCCCCCCUGCUGGGCUUAAUGGGCGGGUUAAAGAUGUGCUGGGACCUGAAGUUAGUACGAGUGGCCUCCUGCAAAUGGAGGAGGUGGAAGGGAUGGGAGGUGCUCUGUUCCUGAGAAGUAACGUUGGUGUUCAGCGCUGCCCAUCUACGCUGUCUAACCAUGCCCAAGGCGUUGACUCUGCAGUCGAGGGAGUCUCCAGCUCUUCCUCUACCAAAGACAUCGGCUCAGCCUCCCCGCUGACCGACAGGAAGAAGCAUCGAAGGAAGAAGAGCAUAAAUCAGAAAGGAGACACAGCCGUGGGCCAAGCAGACGCUAAACGGAAAAUGUGGAAACUCAAAAGUUUUGGGAGCUCAAGAAACGUAAGCAAGACAGAUGAGGACAACUUUGACUUCCUGGUUGUGUCGAGCACUGGCCAGACGUGGCACUUUGAAGCCCAGAGCAUGGAGGAGAGGGACUCCUGGGUCCAAGCCAUUGAGAGCCAGAUUCUGGCCAGCUUGCAGCUGUGUGAGAGCAGCAAAAACAAGGAUCGGAAGAACAGCCAAAGUGAAGCUGUGGCGCUGCACGCGAUCCGCAAUGCAAAAGGGAACAACUUCUGCGUUGACUGUGAUGCUCCGAAUCCGACGUGGGCCAGCCUGAACCUGGGCGCUCUCAUAUGCAUCGAAUGUUCUGGGAUUCACAGGAACCUGGGGACCCACUUGUCGCGGGUCCGCUCGCUGGCCCUUGAUGACCUGCCGAGAGAGCUCACUCUGGUUCUCAGCACCAUCGGCAACCACAUGGUCAACAGUAUAUGGGAGGCACGUACAAUGGGCCACCGGAAGCCAGCACCUGAUGCUACACGAGAGGAGCGGGAGUCGUGGAUCAGAGCCAAGUAUGAGCAGAAACUGUUUGUGGCACCGUUGCCUCCUCCCACACCCAGCGAGGGCCCAGACAUCAGCAUGUCGGGCCGUCUUCUGUUGGCAGUGAUGGAGCGCAAUCUGGCCAAGUUGCUGCUCCUUUUGGCCCACUGCACUAAGGAGGACAUCAACGUCCCUCCCUUCCUGUCGCUUCCCUCCAGGUCGCUCCUCGCACUCCGCCUGCCUGGCUCUGCCCUGCACGCUGCCUGUCAGCAGGCUGAUGUGGUGAUGACGCAGCUUCUAGUAUGGUACGGCUGUGACGUCCGUCAUCGGGACGCUCAGGGUCAGACAGCGCUGGCUCUGGCUCAAAGCGCCGGAAGCCAGGAGUGCAUCGACAUCCUGCUGCAGCACGGAUGCCCAAAUGAGCCGGCCCCCACUCUAGGCACGAUGGUCGGUUUCGCAUCGACCGUAACGUCCAGCUUCCCCGCUGGCAUGACGCCGAGCCUGACGGUUGCCACAACGAUCAAAAUCACACAGAAGAGCGGCGGCACCAGCUUGGGUUACAGCACAUCCAGAAGAGCUGUGUCAUAACUGCAGUGUGGCGUGUUUUAAAGUGUGUGUGUGAGUUGGUUGCUGCUUUGCCCUCUUAGUGUCCUGUCCAUCCACAUGGCCCAGCAGGCCUAAUGGACAUACUGACAGAUACCGUCCACCUGGAGUCAGAUGACAUGUCUGGAGGUGUGUGUGUACCAGGAACGGAAACUGGAGAAUACACUGUUCUGGACCGAUUUUAUUCCUUUCUUUCUGUUUUUGGCUACAUGUCUGUGCAUUCAGAUUUAAUUAGAAUGUACCAAACUGUUUACCAGAGUCAUAUCUCAUCAUGCAGUCAAUAGUAGACUUUCUUCUCCACUCAAUUAUGAAUGGAAAACCGCCUGCAGGCCUCAAACAGCUUAUCUGAGCAGCUGAAGCCCAGAAGUAGAAGAACUGCAAUAAGUUUACUAACCUGAGAGUGGGAUGUAUUGAACUCGAAGCAUACAAGAUUAUGGCUAUUAUUAAUUUUGACAGUGAAUGUGAGUUUUAGAUUCAUCGGAGCUUGUCAUUAAGUGCAUAAAUUAAGUUCUGUGUAAGUUGAUGUGAAAUAUGUUAGUGGCUGGGAAGGGAUAAAACAGCUGUAUAGAAAUGUCUUGAUAAAAUGUUAAAAUACUACAAAUUUUAAAGUGUUUAAUUUUCGGUUUAUUACUGUAUGAUUUGUACAGUUGUUUCUGUGUAUAAAACAUAAAGGGUUACUCAUUGCUGUUCAGAGAUUACCUGUACAGAGUUUUAGUUCAGUUUUAGUUUCUUGCUGAACUCAGAUUUUUAUGUUUUGUCUGUUACCGGUGUGUCUGAUGUAAAACAUUGUAUAGACAGCAGCAACUCAUGGUAAAGUGAGUAUAGUACAAGAUACAUGUGCAGUGCUGGGAAACAAGUUUUCACCCCCUUAUAGAUUUCUUCUAUUUUGGUUUUUUGAUCUGAUUAUUAUUAUUAUUUUUGAUUUUAUUAUCAGACAAAUAAAACCUGAGUUUAAUCAAAAUACACUUUAAAAUAUUUAAAAAGGAGAAAGCAAACCAAAUCACCCUGAGCCUGUCACUGCCCCCUAAACCCAAUAACUCGUGACAUCCUCAGCGGGAUCAACUGUAAGUGUUUGGGAAGUGAGUCUUUUACAUCAUUCUAGAGAUAAUUAGUCCCACUCCUAUGUGCAGAUUCAUUUUAAUUCAGUCACACUGGAGUUUUUUUCUACAUGGAAAAAAACUCCACUAUUUAAGGUCAUGACACAGCAUCUUAUUUGGAUUUAGGUCUGGACUUUGACUAGGCCAUUCCAAAACAUUCAUUUUAGGGAAUGUUUGAGUCAUUCAGAGGUGGACUUGCAGGUGUUCCUGCCCUUGUUGUUCUGUUGUAUAACCCAAGUCUGUUGGGGUACAAGUGACAAACUUGGUCGAAGGGGACGUUCUCCUUCAGGAUUUACUGGUAGAGCAGAGCAGAAUUCAUGUUUCCAUCACUCACAGCAAAUCAUCCAGGGCCCGAAGCAGGAAGGCAGACCAGACAAUCACGCUACCACCAUUAUGUUUGACUGUAGGUAUAAUUUAUCCUGAAAUCUUGUUAGUUUUACACCAGCUAUAACCUUCCCACACUUUCCAAACAGAUGCACUUUUGUUUCUUCUAUCCACCGAAUAUUUCACCAAGAGUCUUGUGGAACUUCAAGGUGUAUUUUGACAAAUGUUAGAUGGACCUUUAUGUUGUUUUUGGUCAGCAGUGAUUUUCGCCUUGGAAGUUUCCCAUAGAUUAAUUUUUUUUGGCCAGACUCUUUUUAAAUAGUUAAAUGAUGAACAAUGACCCUAAACGAGGCAAGUCGGUCCUACUGUGCUUUAGAUUUCUUUCUUGAUCCUUUUGUCAGCUCCUGGAUGAAUCAUUGAUGCACUCUUGGAAUAAUUUUGGUAUCUACUUGGAUAGUUCAUAACUAUUCCAUGUUUUCUUACUGUAGAAAACUGUAGUACCAAAGUUGAUCUGAAAAUGUUAGGUAUGCAGGAAAAGCAAAAAUAUGAGAAAUAUGUAAAGAUGAAAAUACUUUUUCCCAUCACAUUAUAUAAAUAAGUUGACUUAAUGACUUAAUUUUUGGCUUAAUGUAGAUAAACACUAACGCUGAUGUGUUUUUUUAGAGGAUACAAUUUUAAACUAUUAUUCCUGAUGUGACUAUUAGAAAUUAAAGAUAUACUUUAAAUAAUAAGAGGUUACAAAUGUAUAAAACAUGACCUUUAAAUGAAGUUUCUAAGUGGCUGAACACAGACACACAACAGAGGAAUGUUUUCCAAAUUUAUUUUAAAACAAAAAGUAUAUUAUUAUAUAAUUAUCAACUCUACUGUACCUGAUGCAGUAUUGGAAGUACUUUUAUUGUGACCAAAAGCUGACUUUUUCUGUAAUGUACACUGUUCUCUUUUCAUGGUUGGUUGUUUUUUUUUACCCAUUUAGUAAAUCAAAAGGCAUUCAUUAUCAAUACACUGAGGUCACCUAUGCUGUGCUGUUUUUGUAAUUUUCAUGUGUUCAGAUUUUAAUUAAAUUUUUUCGCCACUAAUAAACUGAACUCACAAUUAAGAGGUUGAAAGAAUAUUUGUAUUACGCGGACUCAGUUCUGUGGAAGUUUCAUUCCUUCAUCAGUUUAUAUUCAACCAGCAUUUCAACACAGAUCUCUGCUGGCCCCCGAUGUAUUUGUACCCCCUUGAACAAACCUCAAUGUAUUUUAUAAGGAUUUUAUGUGACACAAGACAAACCAGUGUGAAGUGAAAGAAAAAGGGGGCUCUGUUGGCUUUGUUUCAUGGGUUCUGGGAUGGUUGGGGAUGUCGAUCGUGUACCCUCUUUUAUGUGGCAUAAUCUUGUUGCGCUGGGCUGGCUGGUCUGCUCUUUUCUUUUGGAGUGGGGCCACACUCUUGGUUGUCGCUGUGCACUCCUCAUCUUUCGUAAAGAUGUGAAUAAAAUAUUUAAAAUAAACAAUUCUUAUGAAGACUUGGUGACCCCGAGACACCACUCUUUGGAGCAGUUUUGUAGCAAUGAACCUUUGGAGAUAUGUUCCCAUCCUCCUUACUGUGGGUGCCAAGAUAAACUUAAGUCAUCAUCCAGUUUUGUUUGUCACAGUUCCAAUUAUUUUAAACUUUUUAGUUUUUGCUCUGACAAUAGAUAUGGACUGAAUUCUUUCUUUUUUGUUUUGGCCCUGUGUUUUACAUCUUUAUUUUGUUGAAAGACCCAAUCGGGACCUAUUUUCUGUUUGCUGGUAGACUCCAAUAAAUUUGUAUUAGAAAUGCA